AUGAGCAAGACGUUCCGGGACAUGCCCAAUAACACGGCCGACUCGUGGUGGAAGGACCCGUCGUUGCGCAAGAACAUCGGCUCGGCUGUCAUCUGCUACUUCGGCACGUUCGCCCUCGGCUACGAUGGCAGCUACAUGAACGGCCUCCAGUCGCUCCCGUCCUGGAACGCCUACUUCGACAGCCCGUCCGGGAACCGGUUGGGCAUCAUCUCGGCGUCGAGCUACCUGCCGACGCUCGUCCUCCUCCCCUUCUACUCGCUCGCGUGCGACUACUUCGGGCGCAGGCCGGCCGCCGUCGUCGGGUCGAUCGGCCUCCUCGGCGGCGCCAUCCUCGGCGCGCUCGCGACCAACGAGGCCAUGCUCAUCGCCGGUCGCGCCGUCGUCGGCGUCGCUGGCUCGCUCAUCGCCCUCGCCACCAACCUCCUCGUGAACGAGCUCCUGCACCCACGUCUACGCUCCAUCGGCGCCGCCUUCUUCCUCGUCUUCUACUACACGGGAUCGGUCGUCUCGGCCUGGGUCACGUACGGCGUCAUCGCCGCCGACUGGCAGGACGACUGGGGCUGGCGCCUGCCCACGCUUCUGCAGGCCAUCGGGCCCAUCGUCGUCGGCGUCGGCGCGCUCUUCUUCCUCCCCGAGUCGCCGAGGUUCCUUCUCGCCAAGGGCCGCCGCGAGCAGGCCCUCCAGGUCCUCGCCGAGCACCACGCCAACGGCGACAAGGACGACGCACUCGUGCAGCACGAGCUCGAGGAGAUCGAGGACGCGCUCGCGCUCGAGAAGCGCGAGAAGACCGGGUUCCGCUCUUUCCUCAAGACCAAGGGGAACCGGCACCGCCUCCUCAUCGUCCUGACGACGGGCACGGGCUCACAGGCAUCGGGCGUGGCAAUAAUGUCGUACUACUUAGCGCCGGCGCUUCGUAUUGCGGGCGUGACGAGCGCUCUCGCUCAGACAUCCAUCAACGGAGGGCUCGCCAUCUUCAACCUCGGCCUCGCUAUCGUCGGCGCCGCCCUCGUCGAGCGGGUCGGCCGCCGCCCUCUCUGGCUCAUUUCGACCGGCGGAAUGCUCUGCUCCUACAUCGUCCUCAUCGCGGUCUCGGCAAUGUUCGCCAACGAGGGCACCAAGGCUUACGGCCUCUGCUCGGUCGCGUUCAUGUUCAUCUGCUACGGCUUCUACGACAUCGCCUGGACGCCUCUCGCCUUCUCGUACACGACCGAGAUCCUGCCGUACUCGAUGCGCGCCUCCGGCAUGGCCCUCUUCGUCUGGAUGCAGAACGCGGCCCUGUGCCUCAACCAAUGGAUCAACCCGAUCGGGCUCGAGGCGGUCGCGUGGAAGUACUACUUUGUCUUCCUCUGCACCCUGAUCAUGUACCUCGUCCUCAUCUGGUUCCUCUUCGUCGAGACGAAGGGUCUCGCGCUCGAGGAGAUCGCGCUCCUGUUCGACCACAACAAGGCGACGACGCUCGCCGAGAAGAAGGAGGCCGUCGACGCGCAGCUCAAGAUGUCGAGCAAGCAGAUCCGGGCCGACAUGGCGCACAUCGAGGACAAGGACGUCAAGGACGUCGAGUCGGUGUGAGGAGCCGCUCGAGGGCACGGUCGUCGAGGAGCGAGGUCGACGACUGGCGGCGCGUCUCUCGAGUUCUCGUCGUCCGUUCUCCUUCUCUCUCACUUUCCGAGAAAUUCAAAUGUAAAUGUGCCACUACAUACCGCAAUAAGAGU